AAAAUGGCAACGGGAAAGGACACAUCACUGCUGUUCUUGAUUCUCACCGUCGGGGUCACAGCGCUUAUAGCUACUGGACAAAAAGCAGAGCAACCAGAAGUGCUGACCAAAUACGGGAGAGUCCAAGGGUACCAAUUCAAAGUAGAUGCAGCUGAGAGGAGUGUAAAUGUGUUUUUGGGACUUCCUUUUGCUAAGCCUCCAGUUGGACCACUGAGGUUUUCUGAACCCCAGCCACCUGAGCCAUGGAAAGGUGUCAGAGAUGCCACUUCCUACCCACCAAUGUGUCUACAGGAUAAAGUACAAGGACAGGUUUUUUCGGACUUUAUUACUAAUAGAAAAGAAAAAGUUCUUCUCCAAGUGUCUGAAAAUUGCUUAUACCUAAAUGUGUAUACACCCGUUUCUACAGAAAAACAGGAGAAGCUGCCUGUCUUUGUAUGGAUCCAUGGAGGUGGGUUAGUUUAUGGAGCAGCUUCAUCAUAUGAUGGUUCAGCAUUAGCGGCCUUUGACAAUGUGGUGGUUGUAACAAUUCAGUACAGAUUAGGUAUUGGUGGAUAUUUUAGCACUGGUGAUAAGCAUGCCCGAGGUAACUGGGGGUAUUUAGAUCAAGUAGCAGCCCUUCAGUGGAUUCAGGAAAAUAUCAUACAUUUUGGAGGAGAUCCAGGAUCCGUCACUAUCGCUGGAGAAUCUGCAGGAGGACUCAGUGUUUCUGCUCUUGUCUUGUCUCCCCUGGCGAAGGGCUUGUUCCACAAGGCCAUUUCAGAGAGUGGUACUGCAGUCAGGGUUUUGUUCACUGACCGGCCUGAGGAGGAAGCACAAAGAAUUGCUACUGCCUCUGGCUGUGAGAAAACCAGUUCAGCUGCAAUAGUCGAAUGCUUAAGAGAAAAAACAGAAGAAGAGAUAGUACAGAUAACACAAAAAAUGCCUUCCCUGUUUAUCAGUGCAUCUGCAGAUGGUGUAUUUUUUCCAAAGAGUCCCAGGCAAUUACUAUCUGAAAAAGUGAUCAAUGCAGUCCCAUAUAUAAUAGGAGUAAAUAACUGUGAAUUUGGAUGGGUGCUUCCUACGACAAUGAAAUUUCCUCCUUACACAGAUGGUCUGGAUGAAGAUGUUGCACAUCAAGUUUUACAGAGCUCCCUAGCAGUAUCACUUAAGGGUGUUACUUCUGAAGUUGUCGAUCAAAUAUACAAUGAAUACAUAGGGAAUGCAGAAAACCGUGCUCAGGUGCGAGAUGGCCUUCUCAAUGCAAUAGGAGACCCUUUGUUUGUUCUUUCAGCCAUUGAAGUGGCAAGAUACCAUAGAGAUGCUGGCAACCCAGUCUACUUUUAUGAAUUUCAGCAUCGGCCAAGUUCAGCGGCAGGUGUUGUGCCAGAGUUUGUAAAAGCAGAUCAUGGAGAUGAGAUUGCCUUUGUCUUUGGAAAGCCAUUCUUAGCCGGGUAUGCUACAGAAGAAGAAAAUAAACUUAGCAGAACUAUUAUGAGAUACUGGACUAACUUUGCUAGAAAUGGAAAUCCCAACGGAGAAGGCUUGGUCCAUUGGCCUCAGUAUGAUCUGGAUGAAGGAUACCUGGAAAUAGACCUAAUGCAAAAAGCAUCAAAGAAAUUGAAAGAACGCAAAAUGGAGUUUUGGACACAGCUCACAAAACAAAUGAUGAAUGAAAGGAGAGAACACACAGAUUUAUAAGAGUUGUGGAGGGUACAGUUUGCUUUUAAAAUCUGAAGUCAAAGAAAAUUAGUUUGUCAGGAUGCAGAAUUCAAUAAUAAUCACCUUCUAACUCACUAUUGUGUAACCUGCUGUCAUGAUCACAGUGAAAGGAGAGAAUCAAGGGAAAUUUGGAAUGUUUGUGGGACUAAAAAUCACUAUUUAAUGAAGCAAGCAGAAAAAACCCACAAUCUUUCAGGCUUGAAAAGACCAUGGUGUCUACUCAGUGGAUAGCAAAGCUGAAUAAUGAUCCUGUGAGAAGGGGGAGUGAGGGGGAAACUGUCAAAUAUAUUGAAAUCUGUAAGAAAUUAGCUAUACAGAAUAUAUCAUAAGUGUCAGACUAUGUUGUAUGCUUAUUCCCCUCUUCUUUCAGAAGAGAAUGGUCAGUUGUCAUUCUUACAGCCUCUUUCCACUUUCUUUAAUUGGAAAUAGCUUGUAGGGAGCAGAGCAUCCAUCAAAAAACAUCUGUGAGAUGGGCUUGACACCUCACAAAUGAGAAUGGAAAAUCUCUACUUGUUGUUUUGUAAACUGUUAUAAAUAAAUGUUGCUUUU